GACCGUCCUCUACGGGCAGUGGGGCUUCGGGGGACGCACUGCCUUCAGUGGAGGUUCCUCCAAGCAUCCUGCUCUCCCAGAGGAUGCAGCCGGUGAGGGAUUUUGGAGACAUGAUGUAGCGUUCUCCGCGAGGCUCUUCUAUGGGCCACCAGGAACUGGAAAGUCUCUGGCCGCGCAGGCCAUUGGCUUUGAGGUGGGCCGAGCACUGAAGGUCGUCAACGCUGCAAAUGUCGUGGACAAGUAUGUCGGGGAAACUGGCAAGAACAUCGAGAAGGUGUUUGCCGAGGCGCGAGCCAUGGAAGCCAUCCUCGUUUUCGACGAGGCAGAGGGCCUGUUUGGCCGGCGCAACGCAGAUGCCUCCAGUAGUGUAGACAAGCACGCCAAUCUCGAUUCGGGUUUGCUGCUCUACUGGCUGGAGCACUACCCAGGCCUCUGCAUCUUGACCACGAAUGCCAAAGAUGCAAUUGAUUCGGCGUUCUUCCGCCGUUUCCGAUUCAUGGUCGAGCAUGCCAAUGACAGGUUGAGGCUGUGCUUGGUCGAAACCAGAGCAAAGCUGUGGGAGUCCAGCUUGCCGAAGCAGGCUCCGCGGGCCUCGGAUGUGGACUUCCAGGCUUUGGCCUCAGAGUUCGAGAAGUUCGCCGGCGGCGACAUCCAGAACGCCGUGAUCCGUGCAGCCUCAAGGGCUGCCCUGCGCCCCGAUGACGGGAAGCGCUGGAUCUGCAUGGCGGACCUACGUGAAGCUGCUCGUACCGAGAGCAACAAAGCCGAUGAGUCCUUACAGAGACUCUACACCUGA